CGCCCUGAGUCCCUUUCAGGGAAAAGGGCGGCAUACAAAUAAAUUAAAAUGAAAAAAUGAAAUGAAUGAGUUUUAGUGGGACAUGUAAACUCUGCCCUUGUGGUUUGUACAUCAUGGUUUAUGGCUUAUAAUAAGAAAUAGGCAACCUGAGUUGCAACUUCCUAUUGUAGGCAAUAUUUAUUUGCUUUGUUUAUUCUUCAGGUUAGCUGUAGGAUUUAAUAUAAAGUCUUUUAGAUUGUGUCCAUAGUUUCAAAGCAAUGAGCUGUAUAAAUUUUUGUGCUAAUUCUCUUGCAUAUUGGAAAAGUAUAAUGAGCAAUUGCCUUAUUAAACUAUUGAAACCAAACCUAGUUGUAAAAAAGAGUUAAUGAGAAAUGGAAAAUAUGAAAUUACAAGAGAUGUAAACAGUUACAUAGAAUUCUUAUUGCACACAAUAAAAUCAUCCUAGCUAAACUAGGUUUAUGGUUACUUGUUUUAUUGCUUGGUACAUCAGCACUUAUUCAGAAUUCAUUUUAGAAAUAAUGUAAGAUUAUUUGGGUUUCCUGUUUGAAUGCUGUUAGACAGCUCCUCUUUGCCUCUUCUCUUUUUUGCUUUUCCCCUCCUACUUUCAUGUUCUUUUUUGAGUGUUACUCUCAGUUUUAAAGGAUACAGCUAAGUCUUAGUAUCAGCCAGAAUCUGAAGAAUUUCUUGCUCUCUCCAAGAUGAGGUGACUUUGGAAUACCAAACUUGCCAUCAACCUAUUCUGUUUUAAGUAGUAGUCAUUUUUAUUUUCUCAGGGCUUUGCUACUGUGAUUUUUUAAAACUUUCCACUGUUUCUCUUUAUUGUCUUUUGUUCCGCAUUUUUAUGCAUCUUUUAUAUAAUAGCAAUCUAUAUUCUACCUGAUGUAAAUUAAUGCUUUAAUUGUUGAUUUUUAUUGUAAUCCAUUUUGUUUUUUAAAAAUAAUAAAUGGUUAUUCCUUAUUUUAAUAAAGAAAUUAACUGAAUUUGGAGAAGCUAUUAUUUUUCUCCCAAAUAAAGCAAAAUGUUCCAUCUGUAAUAUGAUAGAUUACUUAGCAAAUCUGAAAUUUAUAUUGGGUGUGGGUGUGUAUGUGACAAUUUACUAGAUAUUUUUGAUGUCCUUAUUAUACCAUAUUAAAUUAAAAAUUAGAACUUUAUCAUAACAAUUGUAUACACACACACAUUAAUUGUGAGCAUUGAGUCAAUUAUGAGCAUUGACUGCAUGGAAUUGCAUGGAAUUCUUGAGCUAAAAAGGUUGCUCUUCAUUAUAUUAGAAGGUGAAAAGUGAAAUCAAACUACAUUUAUCUAUGUAUUGAUGACAUUUCAGCCCAAACCUCCGCCUCACUUCUUACAAUACUGUUAUGUGAAUCAUAAAAACUAUGGAAGAUGUGACAUCAAAGUAAUUAAUGUCCAAGAGUUCAAUUAAGAUAUCUGGAGCAUUUCUAAAUGGUUUUGGCAGGAAGCACUGACAGCCAGAAGGCUCUGUGUACUGAUUGACCAUAUGAGAUCCAGCAAAAUCAAGCAUAUAGAACUCAUAUAUUACUGGUGUAAAUCAUCUAUAGGCAAUGAAGACAAAGUGGACUGGAUCUUAAUUAUAAUCCAGCAAAACACUGUAAACUAUUGGCUUAAUUAUGAGUUGCUAAUUGGCUGAGUUCACACUUUAACAAACCAUUAUUUAGAAACCAAAAUAGAGAGAUUCACACAUAAUACACAAAAUGACAGUGUAGUUUGUUUGUGGCUAGGUAUGUGAUGUGAACCUGGCAAUUCCGAUACAGUUCUAAGUUUUUGUUAAGAAAUGGUUAUCUCAUAGCUCCUCUUGUAUUUUGUUUUCUUUACCCUCUCAGGCUUCUGUCUGCCCUGAAGGAAAUUAAGAUUUUUGCCUAACUCAUCCGUCAGAUUCUCCCCUCCCUCCCAUCGCCGCCCACCUCCACCGGUACCCGCUGGUGGACUGACGUAUUACAGUGCAAUAAGCUUUGUCAACAGGUGACUCCAACAAUCCGUAUAAAGACUGCUCCGCGAAGCUGAGCUACAUUUCAGAACCAUGGAGAGCUCUCGCUUCUUCGCCCUGCUGGGAGCUGCUUUAUUGUUGCUUGCGGGAAUCCGCGGUCAAGAAGAAGGCGAACUUCAAUCCCGAGGUUUGGAUCUCUAUUCCACCAUGGAAGACACGUCCCACGAAAAGGAGCUGAUUGAAGCACUGCAGGAAGUCCUGGAGAAGCUGAAAAGCAAACGGCUCCCACAUUAUGAGAAGAAGUAUGGUCAAGUUCCCAUGUGUGAUGCAGGAGAGCAGUGUGCUGUGAGAAAAGGUUCCAGGAUUGGAAAACUCUGUGACUGUCCCAGAGGAACAUCUUGCAAUACUUUUCUCUUGAAGUGCUUGUAAAGUAAAGUCCUUCCCUCAACCUCUGGAGAGAACAGAAAAGAAUCAGUUGCCUUGUCUGAAGAAUUAAUCCUGAGUUACGGAUGCAGGUGGGUGGGGGUGGAGAAUGGUCUGUAUUCAUCACAUACAAAGUAAUGGGUGGUGGGAGGGACAUGGGUGUAAGGGAUGUACUAUUGCUUUUAGGAUUUCUUCUUGCCAUUUCUUCUUACUGUUAUUUUCCUUCUUUGUUCCUGUUCUAUUUUCCCCCUAUAUUUGUACAUCAGUGUUCAGAGAAUGAAUUGAUAUUUCCAAAACUUUAUUUUUGAAUGUAGAUGGUCCCCAUGAAAAUUGGCUCUACAAAAUGUAUUUAUUUAUUUUCUUUCAAAUGCAAACACAAGAACAAAUUAGAGGACAAAUACUGGAGUUAAUCAAAUUAACAAUACAUAGGAAUGAUUCCAAGAUUCAAACAUUUUAAAAAUAAAACACAAAUAUCCAUUUCCCAAACAAAAUACACAUGUAUGCCAAUU